AUGCCGCCGAAAGCACCCAAUCUCAAGUUCAAGCCGAAGCUAGUGCUUGGUGAGGAAGAGACGACAGCGCGUUCUCUUGCUACGCAGUCUACCGAUGAUUUAAGUCUGGUGCAGCUCGCUCGCUUGCAGGGUCUCUACAUCGAAGAGCAGGCAUUAUCAGCUUCUGGAGCUGUCACCGGCUCAGGAGACCGACUGACGUUGACAUCGUCUUCCUCUGGGCGCGUUGGUAGUAAUGGCGGGAGAGGCGGCGUCACUGGGUCGUCAUCUACCCCAUGUGAGGAACAGCCACGGGUGAGCUGUGCGAAUGGCCUACAGAACGAGGAUGGCAGACGGGGAACCGUAGCGUCCUCACUUCUGCGCCCCAAGAGCCGCGGCCACAAUCUGAGUGCCCACGCCGCCCUCGAGGAGGCGUCACGCAGGCACAUCGACAUCUCCCAGUACCCUGAGACGGCGCCGCCACUUCCACAGAACUCAAUGAACGCGAUUGUAUCAUCGAGUGCAUCACAGUGCUCUGGCUCCACGCACUCAGGGCUGUAUGUCCCACUACCACUCGAUGCUACUCUGCCGACGCGAUUCUCAGCAGAAGAGCGCGGCGACCUCUCUUCGGCUCAAGGCGCAGUAGGCGGUGCGCCACGGUCGCCGUCUGCAGCGCCGAUGGAUGUGGAUGGCACUGCCUUCUUACGCGAGGCGGAGCUGGAGCAGGAGCGUACCUUUGCGGCGAACAUGCGCUUUUACGAGGAAAUCCUGCGCCCCAUGCAAACGGUCGUACCAUCCGCGGCUGCAGCACCUGGCGGGUUGGUGUGGAUGCAGCUUCCUCGGUUUCACGAGAACGCGCCCUUCUCAUUCUUCAACCUUCCACCAGGCAAGGUGGGGGAAAUGAAGGUGCUGCGUAGCGGCCGUAUGGUGCUGGAGAUUGCUGGCGUGUACUACGACGUCGCGGUGGAGGGGUACGAGGACGCCGGCAACGAUGGCGCCUGCGCGACGGCAGUUGCGACUCAGUCAAGCGCGUACCCAUCGAAUCCGUCCUCGAAGCCGAGCUGCUACGAGCUCGGCCUGCUGCAGAAGAAGCUCAUUUGCACCCCCACUCUUCCAUGA